ACAAAAUAUUGCCUGUUCACAGCAGAUCAAGUACUGUAAAAGGCAGUAUAAAAUCUGAUUUUGAGAAUCUGGAGGAAAGAACUUUUUGUGAUUUAAAAGAUAUACAACUCCUCAGGAAAAGAAACUGCCUCGCCUAUUUAAAUUGGGAGGAGGAGCUGUAGGUUGCAAAAACUCUAAGACUGGACUUUAAUCUGCCAAGUAUUUCCUUCAGUGUACCACGCCUGUGGUGACGUUUAAUUUAAGCAAAAAUCAACAUGUUACAAGGAAAUAGCAGUACCAUCCUUUCUAUUGCAUGCUGCUUUCCGAAUACUCCCAAUGUUGAGGUUGUGUUUUUUCAUUUGUUUUGUGGCAUACUGUGCGAGAGCAGGUCAAGAAUGUCCUAAAUUCACAGAUCUUAAUUUUGGCAAUGCUGUGAUUGGCACAGAUCUGAAGGUGAAACUGCUUUUGUACACACGAAGAAAUAAAGACUGUGCUGAGCUUCUUGAUGAACAUAAUAUAACAACUUCUACACAUUUUAAUGUAACCAAGAAUAUUGUCGUUAUCAUCCAUGGGUAUAGAUUUACAGGUUCUCCUCCAAUAUGGAUUGAUACAAUUAAAAAUCUUCUGCUUGAAAAACAAGACUUCAACAUCAUUAUAGUAGAUUGGAAUCGGGGUGCAACAACAGUGAAUUAUUUUAGUGCUGUUUCUAGUGCGAAGAAUGUAGUACCCAGUUUAACACAUCUUAUUGAUCAAAUGUUGGAAAAUGGUGUUGCUGCUAAUUCUAUUUAUAUGAUUGGUGUAAGUCUUGGGGCUCAUAUAGCUGGAUUUGUUGGGAAGAAAUAUAAUGGGAAAAUUGGAAGAAUUACAGGUCUUGACCCAGCAGGUCCAUUAUUUGCCAGAAAGCUGGCUGAUGAGAGACUGGAUCAUACUGAUGCCCAGUUUGUGGAUGUCAUUCAUUCUGAUACUGAUGGUUUUGGUCUCAAGGAGUCUUUAGGAAACAUUGAUUUCUAUCCAAAUGGAGGAAUAGAUCAGCCUGGAUGUCCAAAGACAAUACUUAGUGGAUCAUCUUAUUUCAAAUGUGAUCAUCAGAGAUCUGUUUUUUUGUAUAUGUCAUCUUUACAACAUAACUGUGAUAUAACUGCAUAUCCUUGUGAAUCGUAUAAGGAUUACAGGAAUGGAAAAUGUGUGAGCUGUAAUUUUAAAUCGCUUCCAUGCCCAAUAGUAGGAUAUUAUGCUGAUAAAUGGAAGGAUCAUUUACUUGAAAAGAAUCUUCCCAUGACAACAGCUUACUUUGAUACUUCAGACAAAGACCCAUUUUGCAUGUAUCAUUAUUCUUUGGAUAUUAUUACAUGGAAUAAAAGCACUAGGAGUGGUUUCAUAAAUAUCAAAAUAACAGAUAAUUCAGGAAAUACAAUAGAAUCCAGAAUUAAUAGCGAUGCCGCUGUAUUUCAACAAUAUAGGCAAACAAAAAUACUUGCUGGAUUUUAUCUGGAUUUUGGAAACAUUUCAGCAAUUGCUUUGACAUUUUCUACAAGGAGUACAGUGGGCCCCAAGUACAAGCUUAGAGUUCUCAAAAUGAGAUUAAAAUCUCUCUCACAUCCAGAAAGGAUCCAGUUAUGCAGAUAUGAUUUAAUACUUGUGGAAAAUGUUGAAACAACUUUUACACCUAUCCCAUGCUAUGAGAUAAAUAUGCAGGACAAUUGAUUAUUUCAGGAUAUUGUAUGCAAGAAAUUAAAGAGAGCAACAUGAACUGGUAACAAGUUUAAUUGGCUUCCUUCAAGACAUUUAAUUUGCCAAUUUUAUGACUACCUCUGAAGAUCACAAAUGAACUUUUAAAAGAAAUUCAAAUAUUUUUCAUGUGCCUAGUUGCAUAUGUUAGCAAUCAAUUUCUAGUUGACAAGCACUCAGCUGUGAAUUAUUUUUUGAGAAGAUUUCGAUUUCAGUCUUAUGCACAAUGAUGCUGACAUACCAUUGAAAUUAACAGUAAUAACUUCAUCACUAAAUGCAGGAUCAUAGUACAUUAAAAUAUAUGUGCCAAUGCUUUUA